AGGGAGACCGGGACAGGAAAGCAAAGCAGAGUGGUGAGAAGCAGAGAGUGAGACAUUAAGCAGGACUCCUGUGAAGAGGAUUCACCUUCGACUCCCUGAAAACUUUCUAGGGAAGAAGGAAGGCAUCAUUUAAGAGUCCUUGGGUAUUAGUUUAAAAAAAAAAAAAAACUCUAAUUUGACCUUUGAUCCAUUGUAUAAAGAAACUUGUCUGAACAUCAUGGAUGGAGAGUCGCCCAGCCAGGAGACAUCUGAGUCUACACAGACAACUAAUCAGACUGACACCAACAACAACAACCAGGCAGAUGAACCAGGGCUGGAGGAGAAUAAAGACACAGGGAUAGAGCCUUCGGAGGGGGAGACAGCAGAAGGUCAGGGGGCAAUGGAGGUGGGGGAGGAGGGAAAGGAGGAUACAGCACCACAACAGGGGGGAGGAGAGGAGGCCAAUGCUGGAGAUACAGACAAGCCCCAGACUGCAUCAACGCCUGUUGAAUGUGACAUUGAAGAGGCUGGACAAGAUAAAGACACAGCAUCUACUGACGUGACGGCUCCUGAACCGAUACAUGGAGAAAAUGAAGGGGAUGGAGAGGUGGGAGAAGACGGGAAAGGAGGGCAGGUGGAAGAGGUCAAGACUGGGAAAGAUGGGGAGGAGGAAAAGGACAAAAACAAAGAUGAAGAGAAGAGUAAAACAGGAGAAAAGGCAAAAGAAGAAGAGAAAGAUGUGAGUGGAAAAGCAGCAAAGGGGGCAGAGAAUAAAAAACAAGUCAAAGAAGCAGAUGUAGAUAUUAAAGACAAAGGAAAGAUAAAGGAGGCAGAAAAGCAAGGGAAGCCCAAAAGAAAGAGUGGUCCUCCCUCCUCUUCUCUCUCCCGACCAAGACCCUCUGCACGUUCUAUUAGAGCAUCUGCUAAAAACAGCAUUAUUGCCAAGUUUGAACAAGGUGCACCAGAGACACCGAUACCCCGCAACUUCAAAAUUCAGAGGUCAUCUGCAGCUGUGGCCACAGGAGCUUCAAUCAAACAGAAGAUACUUCACUGGUGUUGCAACAAAACUCGAAACUAUGAGGGCGUCAACAUUGAAAACUUCUCAUCGUCCUGGUGCGAUGGGAUGGCGUUCUGUGCUCUGAUCCAUCGUUUCUUUCCAGACGCUUUCAACUACAGCUCCCUCAGUCCAGAGGAGAGGGAGAAAAACUUUACUCUGGCCUUCCAAACUGCAGAGUCCCUGGCUGACUGCUACCCUCUGCUGGAAGUGUCGGACAUGAUCAUGAUGGGUGACAACCCGGACCCCAUGUGCGUCUUCACAUAUGUCCAAUCCCUCUGCCACAGCCUGUCCAAAAUAGAAAAAGAGAGAAAGGAAAAAGAAAAGGAGCAGAAAGAGAAGCCUGGUAAUGAGGGAGAAGAGAAAGAUAAAGGAGAGGAUGCAGCAGGAGAGGUGUCGACGGAGAAGGGGGGGGGACAGUCUCCUGGGACCGGCACGAUGGAUAGCCAAGAGGAGAAAGAGGGAGAAGGUGCUGAGCCAGAGGGAGCUGGUGAAGAGGAAGAUGCAUCAAAGAGUUGCAAGAUGGAGGAAGGUGGAGAAGUGUUGGUCGAGGCAGAGUCCUAGAAAAAUACCGACAUCACACAGACAGACUGAAAAGACAGAAGAGAUUGUUGAUGGUUGCGGUACUAGAAUGAGUAAGUCUUAGUUUGAUAUUGGGCUGACUACUCUCAGAGUAAAGAGGCACAUCAGGUCGACUCUCAACUCAAAUACUGGCAAUGUGAUGUUACAGAUAGCUGUAUGUUUGAAAGUGUAUUAUGAAGUAUGUUUUUUUUUUUUUUUUUUUUUUAAAUCGACUGCCAUGUUAUUUGUUUUUGAGCACAUGAGGUAGAAAAUGUAAUUAUUCUAUUUGUUGUGUACUUGGAUAAAAUCAGAAUUUAAUUAAUGCACCUGUGAAGUAUAAAGUUUUAUUGUGCAACAAUAAAAUUCUUCUGUU